ACUUUCAUUGCAGUGCCGAUGUCUACCUGGAAGGUGAAACUCAGGGAAAACGCAUGUUUCCUCAGUUUCCGGAUGAUCAGUGUAGCCUUCCUAAAAGAAAGAAAAUGGAAACCUGAAAACGCACUUAGCUUAACAGUCGAGCGUUUUGUGAUAAUAUAAGAACAAUUUGGAGGUACGAUUACCGACAUCAUCAAACAGCAGCUGGAUCUUGCUGAAGAUUGGAGAUCAUCCCUUAACCUCCCUUCUGAAUCAAUGGAAGGGUCUGACAGUUUAGAGCAAAAUGGCAGUGACCAGCCAGAGUCACAGCGCAGAAGGCAGCUGGACCGCCUGGACAGGGAAGAGGCCUUCUACCAGUUUGUUAACAAUCUCAGUGAUGAGGACUAUCGUCUCAUGAGAGACAACAAUCUUUUGGGCACCCCAGGAGAGGUAACAGAGGAUGAGCUGUUUAGUAGACUACAGCAAAUCAAGGAUGGUCCGGAACAGCAGAAUAACAGUACUAGUGCCCCCAGUACUGAAAGUGGAGAAGAUCCAGUUGAACCACCAGAAAACACUGAGGAUCCUGCCAAUGGGGAUAGUCUCUUAGACUGGUUAAAUACAGUGAGGCGCACAGGCAACACAACUAGAACUGGUCAUCGUGGAAACCAGUCAUGGCGGGCUGUAAGCCAGACCAACCCAAACAGUGGCGAUUUUCGCUUUAGCCUGGAAAUCAGCGUGAAUCGCAACCUGGCUGAACAGCAGGCUGCUGCUGAAGGUGAGCAGGAGUCUCCCCAGGAGUCUCCAGAGGGUCAAGAAGUGGUUGCAAGUGCUGAACCACAGGUGGCUAUUGCUGAACCAGAGGUGGCUAUUGCUGAACCAGAGGUGGCUAUUGCUGAACCAGAGGUGGCUAUUGCUGAACCAGAGGUGGCUAUUGCUGAACCAGAGGUGGAAAAUGCUGAACCAGAGGUGGACAAUGCUGAACCACAGGUGCCCAUGGAGACGGAAGUUGUAGAAGAACCAGUUAUAGAGGAAUUGGCUGUCACAGUGGAGCAAGAACCAGAGCCUGAACUAGAAGAAGUUGUUUCACAAGAGAUUUUAGGAGAACCUCCCAGCUCACCUGCCGCCCUGCCAGUACAACCCCCACUUUCUCUUUCUCCACGUAGAGGGCAAAGACGAGCCCGCAGCCGCAGUCCAGAACCACGCAGGACUAGGGCCCGUACAGCCAGGAGCCGCUCCCCUCUCAACCUGGAUCAGCUGGAUGGUCUCCCUAAUCCACGUCAUGCACACAGCUCUCAAAGCCUGAACUCUGCCACCAUUGCUCCCCCAGUGUCUCAAGUAGAGGGUAGUUCUCGGACUCGACAACAUGUUCUUUCUAGGCAAAGCACUGCUGACAGUGAUGUUCAGCCAUCUAGGGCUAGUGCAGAAACAGUCCCAGAGGUCCAAAAUAUGGGAUCUCAAGAAGGAGAAGCUGCUGGGGGUGAAGGAGGUGCAGCGGGGCGCCGGCCCCCUACUAUUAUGCUUGAUCUCCAGGUGCGUCGUGUGCGUCCCGGCGAAUAUCGCCAAAGAGACAGUAUUGCUAGCCGCACCCGCUCGCGAUCCCAGAACUCAAACAACACAUUUCUUUAUGAGAGUGAGCGUGGUGGAUUUCGUAGGACUUUCUCACGCUCUGAACGUGCUGGUGUGAGGACCUACGUCAGCACUAUACGCAUCCCUAUUCGAAGAAUCUCUGAUGCAGGUUUGGGAGAGGCAACCUCAAUGGCUCUUCAAUCUAUGAUUAGACAGAUUAUGACUGGUUUUGGUGAACUCGGCUACCUCAUGGAUUCAGACUCUGAUUCUUCAGAUUCAAACCGGGGUGCCAACACACCUGCGGAUCUGGCUGAAGCCCUCAACAACCCAGAUGCUACUACUCCUCCUGCUGCUGCUUCUGCUCCUGUUGCCGAUGUUGAUGAACCACCUCUGGCUGCAGGAGUUAGAGCAAGGACAGCAGAGGCUGAUAUUGACGAGGGCCUUGCCACUGCUCCACCUGCUUCAGGUGGCAGGGCUCGACCUAGACCACCUAUAAGCCUAGAGGAGCCCAGCACGCUGCCCUUCCUUCGGCUUGCCCACUUCUUCCUCCUAAAUGAUGACGAUGAGGAUCAGCCCCAAGGGCUGACUAAAGAGCAGAUUGACAACCUCUCAAUGCGCAACUUUGGUGAGACUGAUGCCUUGAAAACUUGCAGUGUCUGCAUAACAGAAUAUGCUGAAGGUAACAAGCUACGUAAGCUGCCCUGCUCUCAUGAGUACCACGUGCACUGCAUUGAUCGCUGGCUAUCCGAAAACUCUACUUGUCCCAUCUGCCGCAGGGCUGUCUUAAUAUCGGCCAACCGAGAGAGCGUGGUGUAGCUUAUUAAAGACUGCAGGCCUUUUGUCUCAACCUAAGUAAUCUAAUAUCCCAAGUCCCUAAGAGGUUUUGAGGAAAUGUGUCUCCACUGUUGAAAUGUAUUUCUUUCAUACCAUUUGUGAGUUUGAUCAUAAUGCAGUCAGGUUUGAUUUGCGGUGCUCCAUACAAUGACAUUGGGACAAGUUCUGUCUUUAGUAAGACAUUUAUUAUUGCAGUCCAAAGUUAGGCACAAGCAAUGCAUGCUGUUUGAAUUAACCUGUAGUGACCAAGGAGCUUGUUGCAUGGCGUCAAGCCAUGUACAUAAGCAGGCCGGUAUCUCAAAGGAUUUCCUGUUUAUAAAUGCUGCACACCUGCAGGUAGUUCAGGUACAUCUGCUAUUUUGUAUUCACUCCUAAAUGGCGCCUUAUAUACCGGAAGUUGGGCAUUGGUACAGUUCUUAGUUACACCAGUUCAAAGUAUUAGCUGUAAAUAAGCUUGUAAAAAAUAUUUUCGAUCAUACUUUGUAUCAGUGAAUUGGUUUUGAAUUGUAGAUUAUCUCAUAUAAAGAUUAGGGUCACGUUGGCUGCAAUUACUCUCUAUCAGAGAAUCCCUAAAUUUUCUGUUUAACAAAUAGGUGGUAUCAUCGUACACAGUCCAAAGGAGGUUGGACAUUAAUUGGUUUGCCAUUUACUAGUGACUUGUACUCCCUUUUUGUACACCUAAAAGAAACAAAGUACCAUUUUGGGGUAGCAUAUACCAUGAAAAUUCUGUGUGAAUUGUUUAAAAUCAAGUUGUCGGCAUGUGAAUUUUUCCACCUCAUAAUAUACUGACAGGCAUGAUGUUAAACAUAUAAAUAUACUUG